CCAUUGUUAUUCAGCGAAGCGUUUGACAGCUUGACAAUAGAAACAUAAAAUAAUGCCUCAAACCAUGUGUUGCGUUCCCUUUUGUUCACGAAAAGGUCGACACAAGUUCCCGAAAGACAAACAACGUCAAGCAGCAUGGGUACAAGCUAUUCGACGGGUGAAAACAAAGUUCGAAAUCUGGACUCCAUCCGAAUACUCGUACGUGUGUGAAAACCACUUCACCGAAGAUGAUUACCACACAAUAACAUAUGCAGGAAAUGAAAGACGUAAGCGGGCAUUGCGAAAAACAGCUGUCCCUAGUAUUUAUUCCUGGAAGAACAAGGCGACUGUUGCUAAGAGCCAGGAGAGAAAGGAACGUCGUCUAGAAAGAGAAAACCGGAAACGUAAGCUGUUUGAAGAUGUAACAAAUAUGGAACAGUCUGGUGAAAACACAAGCUUUGAACCAGAGUACAUUGCCACAAAAAUUGACAUUGUUACCUCUGAUAUCGAUGUGGGUGCUAGCAAAGAAGUUGUGACACAGCAGAAAUGUGUCGAGCAAAUAAUCUCGAUCACAGAUGAAAAGGUGACAUUUAUGGACUCAUUUGUACAAACAGAGUGUGAAACGGAAGAUGCGGCAAUACAAACAACAACUACACUUGCAUUUAGCAUCAACAAGUUCGAGGAUGAUGAAGCUGCUGUUCAUUUCUACACUGGACUCGAAAAUUACAUGAAGUUCUUUUUUGUUUUGAACACACUCGGACCAGCAGCAUACCAUCUUAAUUAUGUGUAUCAUUCUAUAACAAGUAUAAGUGUUGCUGAUCAAUUUUUUAUUACGUUGAUUAAAUUAAGGCGACACAUGACAAACUUUGAACUGUCGCGAUUAUUUAAUGUUUCGGAAAGUGUUGUGUCAAACAUUUUUAUUACGUGGGUCUUGUUCAUGGAAAAACAGUGGAAAGAAAUUAACAUUUGGCCAUCACAAACUUUAGUCCACUAUUUUGCUCCAAGCAGCUUCAAGAGACUGUACCCCAAAACACGGAUUAUAAUUGAUGGUACUGAGUGCCCAAUUAAAAAGCCGAAGAAUCCAACAGCUCAACAAGCCACUUUUUCGACUUACAAGAACCGAAAUACAGUUAAGGUUUUGGUUGGCAGUACCCCUGGCGGUCUUAUUUCUUAUGUGUCUCCAGCCUAUGGGGGUGCUACAAGUGAUAGGCAAAUAGUUGAACGGAGUUCACUGACCAGGCUUUGUUCCAAAAGUGACAGUAUAAUGGCUGAUAAAGGUUUCAAUGUGCAGGACAUUUUUGCACCACAUGAUGUGCAUAUCAAUAUACCAACCUUUUUUAAGAAGCAAAAUAGAAUUUCGAAUGAAACUGCUAUUAAAGAUAGAAAAAUUUCAAGUAAACGUGUUCAUGUAGAAAGAAUUAUUGGGCUAGGAAAAACAUACAAAAUUUUAACUGAACCUUUGACUAGCACAGAGACUAAGUUGUCAUCAGAGAUAAUUUUUGUUUGUUUCAUGCUAUGUAAUUUCAGGAAUGGCAUAGUGUCUACAUAUGCUUAAAGAAUAGCUACAAUCAAAGUUUUGUAUGCAGCUAAGAGGAU